ACAACUGCAUCCCUGUUUAGACAGAUUAACGGCGAUGACUCUAUGACCGGCCCUCCUUCCCCUUCCUGCUCCUCCUCCCUUUUCCUCUCCUCGUACCGCUCCUUCUCCGCCUCUCUUCCUCCUAGUCCCUCCUUAUCUCCCCUCGCUUUCCGUCUCCUAUCCGCUGGCUCUCCUCUCCCCCCGGUGCCCUCCGACUUCCCCUACUCGAAGCUUAUUCCGAGGACGCGCUUCGUAAUCGACGGUUUCCGCUCAGCCGGAGACUUCUCCGUCUCCUACUUUCUUUCCCACUUCCACUCAGAUCAUUACGCCGGCCUCAGCAGCGCUUGGUGUAAGGGAGUCAUCUUUUGCUCGGCGAUCACCGCUCGUCUCCUUGUCGAGGUCCUCAAGGUCCCUCCUUUCUUCGUCGUUUCACUCUCAUUGGGUGAAGUCUUAGAGAUCGACGAAUGGGAGGUUGCUGCCGUAGACGCCAACCACUGCCCCGGCGCCGUCCAGUUCCUUUUUAGGUCACGUGGGUCCGAAGGGAGGCGAGCGGAAAGGUAUAUUCACACUGGCGACUUUCGUUUCCAUGAAUCGAUGAAACUGGAUCCUGUUUUGUGUGAGUUCGUUGGAGCGGAUGCUGUUUUCUUGGACACGACAUAUUGUAACCCCAAGUUUGUCUUCCCAUCGCAAGAGGAAUCAGUCGAACACAUCGUGAGCACUAUCAAAAGAAUUAAAGAGCAAAAUAAGGAAACGGGGGAAUCGGUUCUUUUUCUGAUCGCGACCUAUGUAAUUGGCAAAGAGAAGAUUUUGCUUGAGAUUUCUCGUCAGUGCGGUUGCCUGCUGCAAGUGGAUAGCAGAAAAAUGCAGAUUUUAUCUGUUCUGGGCCUUGUCGAUUCUGGCGCUUUUACUCAGGAUACUGCCGUCAGCAAUAUUCACGUUAUUGGAUGGAACGUAUUGGGUGAGACUUGGCCUUACUUCAGGCCUAAUUUUGGAAAGAUGGAGGAGAUUAUGCUGGAGAGAGGAUACUCUAAAGUAGUGGGUUUUGUUUCGACAGGGUGGAUGUAUGAAACGAAGAAAGAUGGAUUUGCAGUGAGGGUUAAGGGUUCGCUUGAGGUUCAUCUGGUUCCGUACAGUGAGCAUUCGAACUAUGACGAGUUGAGAGAAUAUGUAAAGUUCUUGAGGCCAAAGCGAGUUAUACCAACUGUUGGAGUGGAUAUUGAGACUCCUGAUAGCAAGCAUGCUUUAGCUAUGAAGAAGCAUUUCAGAGGACUAGUUGAUGAGAUGGCAAACAAGCACGAUUUUUUGUUGGCUUUACACAGGAAGUCAGACUCUGCUGAUUUAAUAUCUGGGAAUGACAUAACUGUUGAUCUUAACCUGCAUGGUGAUGUGGAUUCAGAAAAUAUUCCACUGCAACCUGACAUGCAAAAUUUCAGCAGGCUAAAUGUUGAGGACAUGGAAGGUGCACUUAAGGACCUUCAAGAUUGCUUGCCAUCUUGGGUAACACAGAUUCAGUCAUUAGAAUUGCUCAAAAAGUUUAAUGGAGAUAUCAUUGCUGCAGUUACAGAAUUUUUCGAACACGAAACAGAGUUCUAUAAACAAGCAAAUGCCACUAACAAUUCUAUAGUUAGCCCUUGUGAAAAGAUUGAGACUAAUCUUGAUCUCUUGUUUCCUCUUAAGUCUCCUGGAGAGAUCCCUGAAUCUGGUAUGAAGAAUUUCCUGAGCCCGGUGAAGCAAUCAGUUGAACAAAUUUUGAAAAAUACGGCAAAUCCACCACUCAAAAAAAGGAGCUCAGAUGGCGGAAAAAACAAGAAAAAAAAGAAGAUGAAAGGUUGCCCGACUUUGUAUAAAAGUGGUGCAAAGCAAUCUAUUAUCACUAAUUUUUUCAAAAUAGCUUCAGCAGAUGCAUCUUCCAGUUUUACCAAUGUGAAUACUUCUAGGCAACAAAUAAGUAGUUCAAUAGAUGAGGAUCCGGUUGCUGUAAAAAUCUGUAAAGAAGAUUUGGACAAAUUUCUUCAGGUCAUAAAUGAUGGAAUACCACGGGAGUCUGCUGCAACAUUGAUGGAGAAGGCUAAAGGAAAUAUUGAUGUAGCAGUGGACAUGUAUUAUUGUGCUUUCCAUAAUGUCUUGGAGGAUGAUGAGAAUUUGAUCACAAAUAAUGUUUUGAAAACUGAGGGGAACUUACUCCCUGCAGCUGAUGCACCAAUUAUUCAUUUAGAUAAGAAUAGAGAAAAGCUGUACAAUUCAUCUUCAGACAGAAUAAGCUUACCAACAUUGUACUUAAAGGGAAAUUUUAGAGAAGACAAAACUGCAACUAAUGUAUCGUUACCAAUUGAUAAAUAUUGCCCUAUUGAGUAUGCAUGCUGGAAAGCUGGAGAACCUUCUCCGUACUUGCACUUAGCACGAACUUUUCACUUAGUGGAACAAGAAAAAGGAAAGAUAAAGACCACAACUAUGCUUUGCAAUAUGUUCAGAAGCUUGCUUACUCUGUCUCCUGCUGAUGUUUUGCCUGCUCUUUAUCUGUGCACAAAUAGAAUUGCUUCUGACCAUGAAAAUAUGGAACUGAAUGUCGGUGGAAGUUUAGUAGUGACGGCAUUGGAAGAGGCUUGUGGAACAACCAGAUCCAAAAUCAAGGAAAUGUACAAUAAAUUUGGUGAUCUUGGUGAUGUUGCACAAGAAAUCCGACAAACCCAGGCUUUACUUGCUCCUCCUAGUCCCAUUUUAAUUCACCAUUUAUUCUGUAUUCUUAGAGAGAUCAGUGUGAUCACAGGAAGUGGGAGUGCCCUUCGCAGGAAAAAUCUCAUUGUGAAUCUGAUGCGUUCCUGUAGGGAAAUGGAAAUGAAAUUUCUUGUCAGAACAUUGGUUCGGAAUUUGCGUAUUGGUGCAAUGAUGAAAACCAUCUUGUCAGCACUAGCACAAGCAGUGGUAUUGAAUAGUCUACCCCCUCUAGCGUCUGUUGGAAUUUCUGAUACCACUAAAUUGCAGCUUCAGGUUUGAUUUACUGCAUUCUAGUAAGUUUGCAGGCCUCUGAAACACAUAUAUUUUCAUUUAAUGUUUAAUGGUAUCAAUCAAGAAUGGUGCCUCACUGUGGUGGGCUGUGCUGACUCUUGGCACUGAUCAGACUGUGCCAACAUGGUUUUUUACUAGCUCCACUCCUACAGUCUUCUCUCACUUGAUCUGCUUACUUCCAAAGAUUAGAAUACAAUUGAAACAUCAUCAAUUACAUUAGAUUUCAUUUAAAAGAUUCAUAAUGUACAAAAAUCUGAACUUAUAACAUAAUGUCUCUG